AUCUGAUGCAUGUGUAUGACUUUGUAACAGUUCUAUAACAGCAUUUGUCAGGGAGAGGAAAUGAAGGCAUGGUUAACAAGUGUGCUGUUAUAUAUGAACCACCACAAGACAACAUGAAUAAUGGACUAAGCUGUUGCUCUUCCACUAUUCCUUCUUCUUCUGGUUCUUCAAUGGGGAUGGGUUAUCCGGAAAUGGAUUCGCUUUCUCUCGGUCCAAAAUACGGUGAUCAAAGAGCUCCUUGGGAUUUUAGUUUCAUGGGGGACUGUAAAGCAAGGAGCUUUGCGGAACACCAUAGCUCUGAUGUCGUGGAAGGUCAAGGUUCUGAUUGCAGUGAUGCGUUUGGUGAGAACAGUAAGACCAUUAUUAAUCUGAACACCAACUUAAAUGAAGAGAACCCCAAUGAGAAUGCUGUAAGUGGCAAGGAAACAGAUAGUGGACAUUCAAAGCUUUGCGCCAGAGGCCACUGGAGGCCUGCAGAAGAUACUAAGCUCAAGGAACUCGUAGCUCUUUAUGGCCCUCAGAACUGGAACCUUAUAGCUGAGAAGUUGGAAGGAAGAUCAGGUAAGAGCUGCAGGCUCAGAUGGUUUAAUCAAUUGGACCCUAGGAUCAACAGAAGAGCGUUUACUGAAGAAGAAGAGGAGAGGCUAAUGCAAGCUCAUAGACUAUAUGGUAACAAGUGGGCAAUGAUAGCUAGGCUAUUCUCUGGAAGAACUGAUAAUGCAGUGAAGAACCAUUGGCAUGUGAUUAUGGCUAGGAAGUAUAGAGAACAAUCGAGUGCCUACAGGAGGAGGAAGCUGAGCCAAUCUGUUUACAAGAGGAUUGAAGAAACUCCAAACUUUGUCUGCAGAGAUGCAGCCACAGAAGUUGAACCACCACCAGCCCCAUACUGUCUCAACAUUCCCAAUAGAAGACUUGGAACCAUCUCCCAAUACCAGUUUGGAACCUUCAAUGGUGAUGUUUCACCCCACAUGACCAGUGGGCGAGAAGCAAUCCCAAGCAGCGAGGUCCCUCGCUAUGGCUUUCCUCCACAACAAGCACCUUUUGAUAUCUUCCCUGGUGGGUCUCUCUCAAGUCUCAAGAGCAAUGACAUGAUGGGUAUGUUCAACCAGACCAGAUCUUGGGACAGGCCCAUAGAUGAACCCCAAUGCUAUGGUUUCUAUCCCCUCCACCACCAGGGUACCUCAGCACCAACAACUCAAAUUUCAGGCAGUGAACCUUCAUCAUCAAUGGCAGCAACAGGCAGCAACCAAUAUGAGACCGUUUCACCCACAUUCAUUGAUUUCCUUGGAGUAGGAGCCAUAUGA